CAGAAGUGCCGGGCCAAAUAACAUACUUUGGUGCAUGUUGUAUUGCUGAUCAAAACCGAAUAAGAGGUAAUAACUGGAAACACCAUCGCCAGAAGAAUACAAACAGGACCAUACUUACAUCCGUCCCAUACAACGGAGGUAUGGAUGCAGAGGGUUUUGGGGAGCUGCUCCAGCAGGCAGAGCAGCUGGCUGCAGAGACGGAAGCAGUGUCAGAGCUGCCGCACGUUGAGAGGAACCUCCAGGAGAUCCAGCAGGCAGGAGAGAGGCUUCGAUCGCGCACCUUGACGCGCACAUCACAAGAUGCUGCAGACGUAAAAGCGUCAAUCCUCCUUGGUUCCAGAGGCUUAGACAUCUUCCACAUUUCUCAGAGGUUGGAAAGUCUAAGUGCUGCUACCACUUUUGAGCCCCUGGAGCCGGUCAAAGACACUGACAUACAGGGCUUCUUGAAGAAUGAGAGGGACAACGCCCUCCUGUCAGCCAUUGAGGAGUCUCGCCGCAGGACGUUCCUGUUGGCUGAGGAGUAUCAUCGUGAGUCCAUGCUGGUCCAGUGGGAGCAGGUGAAGCAGAGAGUCCUGCACACGUUACUCGGAGCAGGAGAAGACGCACUGGACUUCAGUCAAGAUGUGGAGCCCAGCUUUGUGAGUGAAGUGACAGCUCCAGGAAGGAGUGCGUUGGACAGCGUGGAGGUGGCCUAUGGACGACAGAUCUACAUUUUCAAUGAGAAGAUAGUAAAUGGUCACAUUCAGCCUAAUCUGGGAGACUUGUGUGCUUCUGUAGCAGAGAGCCUGGAUGACAAGAACGUAUCAGACAUGUGGCUGAUGGUGAAGCAGAUGACGGAUGUGCUGCUGGUUCCAGCUAAAGACACGCUCAAGAGUCGCACUUCAGUUGAAAUGCAAAUGGCCUUUGUACAUCAGGCGCUCAACUUCCUUGAGAACAGUUACAAAAACUACACCAUGGUGACAGUAUUUGGGAACCUCCAUCAGGCCCAAUUAGGAGGGGUGCCAGGAACGUACCAACUAGUCCGCAGUUUCCUCAACAUUAAACUACCAGGACCCCUGCCAGGCAUGCAGGAUGGGGAGAUAGAGGGCCACCCAGUGUGGGCUGUGAUCUACUACUGUCUGCGUUGUGGAGACCUGAAUGCAGCCAUGCAGGUGGUGAACAGAGUGCAACAUCAGCUGGGAGACUUCAAGACCUGGUUCCAGGAGUACAUGAACAGCCCCGACAGACGCCUUUCCCCAACUUCAGAGAACAAGCUUCGUCUCCACUACCGCAGAGUGCUGAGGAACAGCGCUGACCCCUACAAGAGAGCCGUCUACUGCCUGAUUGGAAAAUGUGACAUCAGUGAUAACCAUGGAGAGGUGGCAGACAAGACUGAAGACUACCUCUGGCUAAAGUUGAACCAGGUGUGUUUUGAUGAUGACGGCAGCAGCUCUCCUCAGGACAGACUGACCCUGCCACAGCUACAGAAACAGCUGCUGGAGGACUACGGGGAGUCCCAUUUCUCCGCAAGCCAGCAGCCCUUCCUGUAUUUCCAGGUGUUGUUCCUGACGGCUCAGUUCGAGGCGGCGGUGGCUUUCUUGUUUCGUGUCGAGAGACUGCGGAGUCACGCCGUGCACAUGGCGUUGGUCCUGUACGAGCUACGGCUGCUGCUUAAGUCGUCCGGCCAAAGCGCUCAGUUGUUGAGUCAGGAGCCUGGGGAUCCUCCCAUGGUGCGCCGCCUCAACUUUAUCCGCCUGCUCAUGCUUUACACUCGCAAGUUUGAGUCCACUGAUCCACGGGAAGCCCUGCAGUACUUCUACUUCUUACGCAAUGAGAAGGACAGCCAGGGAGAAAACAUGUUCAUGCGCUGCGUCAGUGAGCUUGUUAUCGAGAGUCGAGAGUUUGACAUGCUGCUGGGAAGAUUAGAGAAGGACGGCAGCAGGAAGCCUGGAGUCAUAGAUAAGUUUGCCGGGGACACCAGAGCUAUCAUCAGUAAAGUGGCUCUAGAGGCAGAGAACAAGGGCUUGUUUGAGGAGGCAGUCAGACUCUUCGAGCUGGCCAAGAACCCGGAUAAGGUGCUGGAGUUGAUGAACAGACUGUUGAGUCCGGUCAUUGCCCAGGUCAGCGCUCCUCAGUCCAACAAGGAGAGGCUAAAAAACACUGCAGUGGCCAUUGCUGAGAGGAAUCGUUCUCAAGGCAUAGCAGGAGAGAAGUCAGUCGAUAGUACUUUCUACCUGCUCUUAGACCUGAUGACAUUCUUUGAUGAGUACCACGCAGGUCACGUCGACAGAGCCUAUGACGUGAUGGAGCGUCUAAAGCUCCUCCCUCUCAGUCAGGACAGUGUAGAGGAGAGAGUGGCUGCUUUCAGGAACUUCAGUGAUGAGGUGAGGCACAACCUGUCCGAGGUGCUGUUGGCCACCAUGAACAUCCUGUUCACCCAGUACAAACGCCUGAAGGGGGCGCCAGCGGGCACACCAGGACGACCACAGAGGACCAUAGAGGACAGAGACAUGCAACUGCGCAGCCAGGCCAGAGCCCUGAUCACCUUUGCUGGUAUGAUUCCCUACAACAUGGCCGGGGACACCAACGCAAGACUGGUGCAGAUGGAAUUACUGAUGAACUGAACGUCAACACACACACACACACACACACACACACACUCACUCACUCACACACACACACACACAAACACUCACACUCUCACAAACACUCACACUCUCACACACACGCACACACACUACUGGAUACACAAUCAUACACACACUCAUUUGUCUGCCAUUUUGUUUUGUAUAGGCCACUAUAUUCAUCAGUGUGUUAACAGAUACGUCUUUAUAUCACCCGUUCCUGUCGUCAGUCCUCUGUUUUUGUUCUGUUGUUUUUCCCAUUUUGUUGUUUCAUAUUUGUAUCUUUGAUGAUUUGUAAUAAAAAAAGAAGUGUUCUUUCAGUUGCCUUUUUAUUUGAAAACACCUUAAUUUUUAUUUUCAUUCAGCCUUUUUCUUUUUUUUUUUAAUUCAUUUGCCUCAUUUUACCUCAUGUUUUUACCAUAAUUGUGGCACACGCAGAGCAGUCAGUCUUUUUAAUUGGACACACUAUCAGUUCUCAGUUUUAUAAUGGUUCCAGUACUAUUACUUUAUCCUGCAGCUAUUUAAAUUUGUUUUCUCAGUGCUGGUUAUUUCAGUGGUGGAUUCAUUCCACCAUUUAAACUCAUAAGUCAUUUCUGCUGGAUGGAUGUUUUGCUCUACGUUUACUGUGACUGAAGCCUGUAGGGUAAUGAAUGUCCUGAGCCUGAGCGUCUUAUACAGCACCUCAUAACCAGGUGUUAAGUUUUGAUAGACAUGAUCACACCUUCCAGUGUGUUUUCAUGGACAAAUCGGCUCACGGGUUUGUUAUAGAAAGAAACAUUGUCCUCCACAGGGUCUGUCUUAGUUUGUGUACUUUUCUCUAUCAUUUAUUUUCAUGCAUAAAUUAAUACAUUUGUUCUCAUGAAUAAUUGAUAACUAAAAUGUUCAAACAAACCACAGCUAAAAAGAUGCAUGAGUACAGCAGCUUUGGACGGAGAAGUCACCAUGAAUUCAUGUUGGAUUAUUUAUUAACAGAAUGUGAACAGAAUUAAAACACUGUUCAUAUCGUUUUAGGAGAAGCUGCAGAUAUUUCUCAUCAGACACUAAGAAGAGGCAUUUCACUUCACUCUGGUUUAACAUAAGAAAGUUAUUGUCUAUAGUGGAUGAUCUGGAGUGUUGCAGGCCCGAGCCAUGUUGUUGUCCAGAGGCUGUAGUACAGUAUCUGACACGUCCCCUCCCCUGGCAGAUGGUUGGUUGGCUUGAAGUCGACCACAGGACUGGAGGGAUAUUUGUGUCUCUGUACCAGAGGGGUGAUUUCUGUGGUAACAAAUGCAGGAGACAUGUUUUAACACUAAAUGCAGACCAUACCUCUUAGCUAUCCAUUUUAGGUUUCACAGUAUUUUACAUGGUGAAUAAAAGGAAUGAGAGUUCUGCAUGUUCCUUAAUCAAAUUGGCCUAUUUUAAUAAAACGUACGGCCAGGAUUGUCCCGCAGUUUUGAUGCUACAUGUUGUGAAAGGUUGUGAAAAAUGUUCAUACCCACUCUUAUUUGAAGUUUAUUGGACUUUCUUAAUAUUUGAUCUACAAAUUUAAACCUUGUUACACUUUGCUUAAACUUCUCAGAAAGAAUAACAUAUUAAAUGUGUUUUUUUUUUCUUUUAACCACUAAGUGAUUCCUUUUGCAAUCAACUUGAACACCCAAGAAAGUAUCAAGCAACAGCCUACCAAUGUCCUGUUCAACAUUUAGCAGGAAAAACUUCUAUUGAGGUUUAAAAGACACCGACUACAUGUUAAUUUUCAGAAACAAUCACCCCCUCUGCUAAAUUUGUGGCCCACUCUCUCUGUCCUCCAGUCUGGCCUGAGAGAACACAGAUGGAGGCUCAUUCUGUCUUGGCUGCUCCACAUAACUGUACAGAGAUGUGAAGUUCAUCCACGGCCACAGACAGAGCUGAGCCAAUUACUAUGGGAUCCAUGCUGUCGUACCCCAGACCUACCUAGACCCAGCACAGCCCUCUAACACUUACUAUUGUGCCAAUGUGAAAAUCUCCUGGUUUAUAAAUGACAUUGGAGUAGAUACCCUCAACUAAAAUCUGAUGCUGAUGAGCGGCUGCAGAGACUCCUGACCAAUCACACUGUAGCAUAAUCUCUAUUUACAUCCUUCUUGAAUGAGCUCGAUGUGGUUUUUCUACAACCUGCCGUGUGUGUGUGUGUGUUCGUUCGUUCCAAUUCCUCCAACAGCAGAAGAUGUUCGUCUCAGGUGUGUGUGCUGCAGCUGGUGUUGUGAAUCAGGCCGAUGAAAAACACCUCCAAUAACCCGGCUAUUUCACAACACCAGGGUGGCACUGCACCACUGCCGACAAGACCAAGAAUCACUACGUGAUGCUGCUAAGAGAGAUGAUGCUAAGACUGCUGAACAAUUACUUCAGUGGCCUGUAUACAGAUACUGAUAUUUUGUUCUUACAGUGUGUUUUUCUCUGUGACAUGAAUGUAGGUUUUGUCAGUUUCAAUUGCUGUGCUGACAUUAUGGCUUUUCCAUCUCAUCAAAACAUCCAUUUCUCUCCCCCCAGUUCAUAAAUUGGACACGUGUAUAUAUACAAAUACAUAUACAUAUACAUAUACACACACACACAUAUAUAUAUAUAUACACUGAAUGAAAUGAUGACCAGGCACUGACACAUUUUCUAAACCCCUCACAGCACUCUGUAAAGCACAAACCUGUAAAAUCCUUUUUACCUUUUUGGUCUGUUAAUAAAUAAUAUUACCAGUG